UGGGAGGAGAGGCAACGGAGCAAGUGUUUCCUCAAACUGACCAGGAAUAUAGUGGAUGACACUGGGGGGAAGGAGGUUACAGGAGGACACCCUGUGUUGGCUCUGCUUUAUCAGCUACUGGCCACACUCAGCUGAUCUCUGGACCCUGGGGUUGAGCAACGCGAGAGACAGGCAGCUCUGAAAUCACAAAGGCAGAACGAGAAGCCACACAGAUUUUAAACAAAGUCGCAGAAAAAGCUGGAUAGAAAUCGCAACCUCGGGCUUGAGAGGGCGACUAGGGAAAAGGGCAGUUUCAAAAUAGAGCAAGAAUAGAGUUAAAGAUUGAUAGGGGCCAUAAUGGUGGACAGGAGGUUUUGUUUGAGGUUUUGGGGAGGAGUAUGAAGGAUUGGAGAGGAGGGUGGGGGGGGGUCAGAGGCAGCGGUCUGGGAGAAAGUAAUUGCGGUGACAGCCAGUGCCAGGGGACCCGAACUCAUGUGAAACACAGAGGAAUUAAAAGAUAAAGGAAAGAAAAAGGGACAAGAGGCAGACUGGACGGCCCCACACUGGAUUUCAGUAUGGGUGUAAAGGGCAAGGCUGCUGCAGCUAUCCUUAUCCUGCUGCUGUUCCUUGGCUCGCUGUGGCUACAGGGGGGGUUGGAUUACCACUGGGAUUCUUGUGUAAAGGGUUAUAAUCAGUUAAAUAAGCUUCACCAGCUGUCCAACAGCAGUGUGGGCAAUGGAGCUGAGAGCCAGCUUGAGCUGUGCCCUGGUCAGACCUUCCAGGUGUCACUUCUGCUCUCCCACCUGCUGGAUGCCCCAACUUACAACUCUGACGUGCUGCUGCAGCCAUAUCUGUCCAGCUGGGACGAGCUUGUCAAGUUCAUGGACUCUCUAGGGCCAAUGGUGGGACUCAUAUCUAAAGAGAUAGAAAGUAAGACUUCUAUAAUUCGCCAACUGGCCCUGACGGCAGAGGGGAACCCUGAAGCAGAGGUAGGCCCGGAUCUACAUUCCAUAAACUCAGUAAACUCACAGGGUGGUGGGACAAAGAAUAAGGCUUCGGUGCACACCAGUGCUUAUCACUCUGUGCGCUCUAUGAUCUUGAUGGAGCUGAAUCAAGGGCUGGUGAGUUUCCACCACCAGACAGACUCUGGAUGCCGGACUCUACUGCGCCUGCAUCGCGCUCUGCUUUGGCUGAAGCUCUUCCUGGAGAAGCUGGCUGAGACACCAGUGGAGGGACGGCUCAGGAGUCCCUCUGACCUGUGUCGUGAGGCCUACAAGAGCACCCUCGCUCAACACCAUACAUGGUACGUCCGCAAGGCCGCUGAGCUGGCCUUCAUUGCCCUGCCAGAGCGGGGCUUCUUUUUCAGGCUGGUGUGCGUGCAGAACCAGGAGGAGCUGAGCAAAGUGCUGCACAGGGUGUCUCGGGCCAUCGGAGAGGUUUAUGACCGGACACAGAAAGCUCUGGAGGAACAUGGCAUGCUGGACUUGCCAUAAAAAAUGAGAUAAUCAGACUGGACACAGGGCCACUGCUGCUGUUUUACCCUUCUUUGGGUUGUGCUCCUGCUCUGUAUCUUUGGCAUCAUAUAUUGGAUUUAGAUACAAAUAAGAUGCAAGCUUUUCUACAACACAAGAAUUGACUUGUUUUUCAUGCAGAACUCUUUUUUUUUUUUUCUACGGACCAAAGUGCUGUGUCAACAAUCAACACGGGACAUUCAGCUUUACUUUGAUGCUUCUCAUCAGAUUUUAUUGGGUACUAUCUCAAACUUUGUUGUUUAGACUGUGCAUUAUUUAGGCAUGUGGGCACAGUUACAAAAAUACAAUCGAUUUUUUUAAUAGCGCAUGUGUAAUUGAUAAUUGAAAAUUGGCAGUUGUUAUACUAAAAAGAACUGCUCUUAUGCGGUGUUAUUCCUCCGGUAAAUUACCUUGUAACUAUCGUGUUGGCCUGAAAUCUCCACAGGACCAAAUGGAUUAGAAAGUUACUGCUUCACAGUGAUGCUGUGUGUAGAGUAUGAAUUUGUUAUUUUUACAUACAUGUGAAUUUUUUUUUUGUAUCAUGUCCAUAAUAAUUAAUUUUAAAAAAAGACAAUUCAUUUGAUUAUUUCUACUCAUCGUGUGAUCCAGCAAUGGAAAAACAUUUAAAUGGCAAUAAAAUGUUCUUUAUGUUGUGCACCAACCAACCAGCAGAGGUUCCAGUGCCCUGCUAGAAGUAACAUCACAGUGAAUAUAAUCUGGUCACUCUUACCUAUACACACUCUACACUUUUUGUCUGAAUCCAAAUGCAGUGGCUUUUCCUGUCACAAUACAUUUGGUAUUACAGUUUAGAAAAGCCUUCAAGUGAAGAAUAUCAAAGAAUAUUCAGUAUUAUAUUACAGAGUACACGUGUAACAGAGAGAAUAGCAUGUGUAUGACUCAUCUGCUGUGCUGGUGUUGAUUAGACUGUUUUAAACCCAGCAGUACCUCCAACACUGGCUCUGUCUCCAUUUUUAUGAAAUGCUUUCUUCGUGAGUGGGCGAUGGUGGAGAAAAUGGGGCAGAGCUUAAAGUCAUGGAGUGCAGAGGAGACAGGAGCCAGGUAAAGGUCAGGAAGCGGAAGUACACUUCACCUUUAAUCCUGUCAACCACUUGGUGGCAGACUAUUUAAAGCAACUGCCACAGGGGGAAAAAAGUACAAUUUAGAAAGCAUCCACAUUUUUUUUACAGUCAAAGUGACCUGUGACAUGGAUGGCAUAAUCACAGCAUGUGGUAUCUAUAUAUUUUUGUGAAAAUCAAGAUUAUUUUGUAUAUAAUCAUCAUGUCUUUAGCAAGAUAAUCUCUGCUAGUUAGUUUCUUUUCAUUCAUAUAUUACUGUUUUAAACAGUAAUAUAUGAAUGAAACAGUCUGUUUAACAGUAUGUGUGCAAAGACUAACACCCGUGUCCACCAGUGCAGUUGCCUGUGAGGAUUAUGAAGAAUGAGAUUAUAUUAGUUUACAUUCACCUAAAACUACCUUUAACACUGGCUGGCUUCUUUUAUUGUCAACUGUGAAAGUGAUGCUAUAUUUAACUAUAUGUUGGUCACUGCUAUUCCACCUAGUUUCUAGAACAUGUCUGAACAUGAGUAAUACAUCAAUCCCUCCGCCCAUGAAAAUGGCAAAGAGUAGCAGAAAGAUGACCGAGAAGCAGGCACGAAAUGAAGUUUGAGUUCCCUUAAAUAACAUUUAUUCAUUUCUCUAUCUUGGUUUGCAGUAAACAUGAGCAAAAAUAUACAUACAGUUAGAGCAGAAAAUAAAGAUCCAGAAUAUUUAUCACCUGUUAGGAAGAGAGUAUUUGAACAAAUUUACUGAAUUUCUUUCUUGUUGUCUUAUAAUACCAGUCUUAAGCAGUAAUACAGUUUAACAUUAAGGGGCAAUAAGAUUUUUUGUAUUUAUUCAUGUAGUUAUCUCUACUUAAAAACAAACAGUUGGCUUUCUUCAACCUUUGCAGUGGAUAAAGUGUUGUCAGAACUCUGACUGUAAGCUUUGAUCGAAGGCUUGUUUUACAACAGUAAAACAAACUCAAAUGACAAAAACAUUAAAAGAAAAAAAACUCAAAUCCA